AUGGCCAAUACUUACGUCACUGCAUCUGAUGGUUAUUGUCUUGCUGAACCAGUGCAGUACUAUGAUAUUUUGCCAGAACAAAUCAAUUAUCAGCUGUACGACAUUGAUUUUCAAGAAUCACCUUAUUGCCAGUAUUCUACUGUCCAGUUUCCUCCAGCUCUACAGUCCCAAUCUUUACAAAGUCAUUUCAACACUUAUAGCUUGGACCCACAGUUCAGUGGUGGAGAGUAUGGACUUCUUUCCUGUGAAUUAAAUAAAUCCACUUACGUGGUUGCCCACGAUGCUGAAGAUGGUUACCCUGGAAUAAAAAGGUCCAGAAUAACUCAUUCUUCCAUUCGUAUUAAGGGACAGGAAGAACUCUGUGUAGUUUGUGGUGAUAAAGCAUCAGGAUAUCAUUACAAUGCACUUACUUGUGAAGGUUGCAAAGGGUUUUUUCGGCGUAGCAUCACCAAAAAUGCAGUAUAUAGUUGCAAGAAUGGUGGUCACUGUGAAAUGGACAUGUACAUGCGUAGAAAAUGUCAAGAGUGCAGACUAAAAAAGUGUAAGGCAGUAGGAAUGUUGGAAGAAUGUUUGCUCACAGAAAUCCAAUGCAGAUCAAAGAGACUUCGAAAGAACUUUAAGCAGAAGAAUAAUUUUUACUCUAACAUCAAAGUGGAAGAGGAAGGGGUAAACAGCAAGCUUGUGUCACCUACCACUAGAUCUGGAAAAGUGAUUCGGGAGAGCAUGGAACUAACUCAAGAGGAACAUCAGCUCAUUAACAACAUUGUGGCUGCUCAUCAAAAAUAUACAAUUCCAUUAGAAGAAACAGAAAGAUUUCUGCAGGGAUAUGCAAAUCCUGAACUGAUCUUCUUGCGACUCUCAGAGACAGUUGUCCUACAUAUACAGAGGUUAAUGGAUUUCACCAAGAGACUCCCAGGAUUUGAAAAUUUGACCAAUGAGGAUCAGACUGCAUUACAGAAGGGAUCAAAAACUGAAGUGAUGUUCCUUCAUGUGGCCCAAAUUUACAGUCAAAAAGAAUGUCUUUCAUCAACUUCUGAAAGCAAAAAAGGUCAACUAACUCAAUCUUAA